AUGGCUCAAACUUAUUCAGAAUAUGUUGGAUAUAAUGAAGAUCAUCUUAAACAUCGAUUCUUUCAUGGAUUAUCACCUGAUAACCAAAUAGAAGCCAGAAUAUGUGGAUUGGACCUUUCAUUAGAUGAGUUAAUGGCUCAAACUUAUUGUGUUAAAUGCCAUGCCAAAACAAAUUCUGUAUCUGAGAGAUUGGAAACUACUGAAAGUGGUCGAAAAAAAUUAAUUGGCAAAUGUGUUGUUUGUGGUACUAAUAAACAUACUUUUGUAUCUAAGGAUGGAUCGAUUAAAUUAAAGACUCCUGCUGAAGAAGCUAUUGCUAAGGAAAAAAAGGAAAGGGCCAAAGAGAAUAAGAAGGCCUUAAAACUCGCUAAGAAGAUUAUGGCAGAGAAGUAG